UUUGCACAUAAAAACUAAACGUUGAUUACAUAAUUCCAUUUUGAAAAAAGACAAACAAACCAAUAUAGAAUAAAAUAAUGUAUUGUAUGCACAUGUACCCACCUACAAUUUGGAUCAAUAUAUACAACCAUUUAAAAAAAAAGGUAAGUAAAUGUCAAAAACAAUUAAAGUCGAGUACACUAUCAUCAUCAUCAACAACAUCAUCACUAUCACAGGAGUAAUUAUGUCAAAUAAUAAUGAAUCAAUCUAUCAAAUACGUUAUAAUGCAUUUAUUAAACAAUUAACAAAUUAUAUUAAUUUAACUAAAUGGCCAUUAUUAUGUAAUUGUAUAAAUGAAUUUAUUGGUACAACAAUAUUUAUUAUAUUUGGUUUAGGUGUUAUGAUUCAAACAAAUAUUCAUUCAAUAAAUAAUAAAAAUAUUGGACAAUAUUUAUCUAUAUCAACAGGUUGGGGUAUAGCUAAAAUUAUUGGUUUAUUAAUAUCAACUAAUGGAUGUGGUGGUAGUGGUGGUGGUUGUAGUGGUGAUGGUGAUAAUGGUGGUGAUCAUGAUCAUCAUAGUAGUAGUAUUAGUAACCAUGGUAAUCAAUCAGGUUUAUUAAAUCCAUCAAUUACAUUUGCAUAUUGUUUAAUUGGUAAAUUAUCAUUUCGUUAUCUUAUCCCAUAUAGUAUAGUACAAUUAUUAGGAUCAAUAUUUGGUACAUUUAUUAUCCUUUGUAUUUAUUGGGAAAAUAUACAAUUAUAUGCUAAAUUAUAUUCAUAUGGUAAAUUAGAAAUGAAUUAUACUGGUUCAUUAUUUGUUAAUCUACCUAAUGUAUCUCAUCAAUUAUGUUUAUUAGAUUAUAUUAUAUCGAAUACAAUUUAUUCAUGGAUUAUAUUAAUUAUUAAUAAUAAUCAUAAUUUAUCAUAUGAAUUACAAUUAAUUUAUAUUGGAUUAUUAUUCACUGGUAUAAUUGGAUCAUUAUCAUUAAAUAUUGGGAUUGGAUUAAAUCCAGCUAAUGAUUUAGGUGCAAGAAUAACAAUAUCAUUAUGUGGUUGGGGUAUUCAAGCAUUCAAAGCAAAUAAUUAUUAUUUUUGGUUACCAUUAAUUGGACCAUAUAUUGGAGCAAUAAUUGGUUCAUUAUUUUAUGGAUUUAUUAUUAGUUUACAUAUAAUACCAUUAUCUGAUAUUGAUCAAUAUAAAAUACAAAAUAAUCAAUGUACAAUCAUUAAUUCAAGUAGUAACUAUUUACAAAGUAGUUUCAUUGAAGAAAUGAAUGAAGAUUUAUUUAAUAUAACAGAAAUUGAUGAUUGUUUUAUAGAUAGUGAAGAGACAUUAGAUUAAAUAUCCAUUCACAACUAUCUUUGUAUUACAUAAUCAUCAUCAUCAUCAUCAUCAUAAUCACCAUGGUGAUAUUUGAAAAUAUCUCCCCCUUUUUUUUAAUCAUCCAGUAAAUUUUAUCAAUAUAACUUCAUAUAUGAUGGAAAUAAUCUUGUAGGAUUUUCAAAUAAUAAAAGUUGCCUAAUUGG